AUGGCGACCUCGGCCACUCUUCCCAGGUUCCUCCUACCGGCUCUGAGCCCCAUGUGGCGUGCCGCAGCAGUGAGGUCGACCGGCGGCCGCCCAGCGACGGCAGCCCUUCGUGGCAAUGCCUCCUGGACGAUUCGUUAUGCUUCGUCCAAGCCGCCCGGAGGCCAGAAGGGCCCCAUCGUCCUCGAGAAGCCGGCCAAGUUCAACCCCCCCUCUCACGGCUCCCGCCUGCCCAAGAAGCAGUUGCCAAAUCACUAUGGUGGGCAGCUGAGCUCGCAGGAGGUGCGCGCCCAGCGCGUAAGGGAAUACCCCGGCAUGAUGGCUCCUGAGGGUACCUGGGCGCACUGGUUCGUGAACAACCGCACGAUUCACUUGGUCAUCACACUGGGAACAUUAACGACCUUGGCCAUCACGAGUUUAUAUCUCAACUUCACUCACACGUCCCCCUUCAAGCACCUCCUUCCCCCCGCCUCGCAGUUCUGGAGCCACCCAAUCGAUUUCAUCCAAACCUGGAUCAGAGUCAUGCAGCUGCAUGAGCGCGAUCGCAACGAGAAGGCGAUUGCCAAGCACACGCGCCAUACCGACGACGUUGCGAAGCGUCAAUAUUACCGCAAGGAGCACGGCCUGGACAAGGAGAACCCCAUCGCCAACUUCUUGGGCAUGAAGGAGGAAUCUGACGAGCCGGCGCCUGCUGCUGACGCUUCGCCUGUGGCUGGAAACGUCGAGCCGGCGCCUGAGGAGGGUGAGAAGAGGAAGAAGUGGCUCGGCAUCUUCUAA